AUGGAUGCCAAAACGCAAGUCACGACGCAGAAUGAGAAGCCUUGUGCUGUUUUCGAGGACAAGACCGAGCUAAGCAGCGACAAGCAUCCUGUGGCUGCCCAAAAUGCGGAUUAUACCGGCGCGGAAGCGAAGACAGAUCCGGCGGAGAUUGCCUUGCCCACAUUAUGUACCAUGUACUUUUUGAAUUAUGUCGACAGGCAAGUUCUCCUGCUUCCAUCCCACCACGCCUCAUCACACCGCAUUGAGAGCCGGUCGCUGACGGCUUCGUGUAGAAACGCAAUCGCACAAGCCCGACUGAAUGAUCUCGAGGAAGACCUGGGAAUGAGCGGUGUCCAGUUCAACACUGCUGUUUCAAUCUUAUUCGUUGGCUACGUCUUAAUGCAGGUGCCGUCGAAUAUGCUCAUCACGCGGAUCAAGCCUGGGGUCUAUAUGAGUGCGUGGAUGUUCAUUUGGGCGAUAGUAUCCGCGUGUACGGCUUUGGUGCAGAAUUUCGGUGGAUUGGUGGCCUGUAGGUUCUUCUUGGGCAUUACAGAGGCGCCGUUUUACCCGGGUGCCACGUACAUGCUGUCCAUCUUUUAUACCCGCAAAGAGGUUGCAACGCGAAUCGCUUUACUUUACUGCGCCCAGAUCCUAGCUACCGGUUUCUCCGGUCUAAUAGCCGCAGGCGUAUUUGCAGGCAUGGAUGGGCUCCGAGGUCUCGCGGGAUGGCGGUGGCUGUUUAUUGUGGAAGGUGCAGUAACUGGUCUCGUAGCCAUCUUCGGUUACUUCUUACUCCCCAACGAGCCUCUGACGACACCCUGGCUGAAGCCUCAUGAGCGCGAAAUGGCACAUGCCCGGAUUGAGCGCGACCGCGUUGGCGAUUCCACGGAGCCGGUCAGUAUGAUGGAGGGUUUGCGACAGGCUUGUCGUGAUAAGCGAACAUGGUUGUUCUGCCUGAUGCAGAACUUUCAUUUGAGCGCUUGUUCGUUUAAUUCAUUCUUUCCCACCGUUGUCAGAACCCUUGGAUUCAACAGGACCGUCACGCUUGUUCUAACAUGCCCGCCGUUCCUCUUGGCUGGUGUGGCGGGUAUCAUGACUGGUUGGAGUUCGGGUCGAAUGCACGAACGCACCUGGCACAUUACCAUUGGCCUCCUCGUAGCGAUUGUCGGAUUUGUGAUUGCCGCCAGCACAUUGGAUACUGCAGGUCGAUAUGUGGCUUGUUUCAUCUUCCCCAUGGGCGCAUACUCGGUCAACUCAGUCAUUAUCGGAUGGGCAUCUUCGACCCUCAGUCAGACGAAAGAGAAAAAAGCGGUCGUACUUGCGAUGACUAAUGUCGGGGGUCAAAUCGGUUAUAUUUACGGGGCAUAUCUUUGGCCUGACUAUGAUGAGCCGCGUUAUGGUAUUGGGUUUGGAGCUUCUGCUGCCUUUGCCUUGUUGUCGAUUGGGUGUGCGUGGGUGAUUCGCAUUUUGCUCAUCAAGGAGAACAACAAGCUUCGGAUGUCGACAAACGAACGCGUCAAUCUGUACGGGUACUAA